AUGACCUCGUUGCCCUGCCCCCUCCUUGGUCGGGAUGCCUCCAAAGCCAUCUUCCCGGACCUCGCCCCCGCCCCGUCGGUAGUGGCUGCCUACCCGCUUGGCCUGUCCUCAGCAACCGCAGCCGCCCCCGAUUUGUCCUACUCAGGGCCGUAUGGCCAUCUCCUAUCCUACCCCUACACUGGCCCAGCGACCCCCGGAGACUCCUACCUGCCCUGCCAGCAAGCCGCAGCGCCCUCUCAGCCCCUCCGCGGCCCGGCUGGGCACUCGCAAGAGCAGGAGGCAGACUCAGAGAAGCCCCAGCUGUCCCCAGAGCCCUCGGAGGGGCACCUGCAGGCCCCGAUCAAAAAACUGCGCAAGCCCAGGACCAUCUACUCCAGUCUGCAGCUGCAGCACCUGAACCAGCGUUUCCAGCACACGCAGUACUUGGCCUUGCCGGAGAGGGCUCAGCUGGCUGCGCAGCUUGGCCUCACGCAGACCCAGGUAAAGAUCUGGUUUCAGAACAAGCGCUCCAAAUACAAGAAACUCCUGAAGCAGAACUCUGGGGGACAGGAAGGCGGCUUUUCUGGGGGGCCCACCUCCCUGUCUCCGUGUUCCCCACCCAUUCCAUCCCUGUGGGAUCUACCCAACGCAGGGCCCCUGUCCACCGGUGGCUAUGGCAACAGCUUUGGAGCCUGGUAUCAGCAUCCCUCCCCAGAUGUCCUGGCUACGCCUCAAAUGAUGUGA